AAAGAACGGAAGUGAUGGGGGAGUUAGCGCCAGUUGAUUGGUUGAUCUCCCCAGAAGUGACACAUGAGGGUGGAAUGGUAAAGCUGCAGCAUUUUUAGGAGACUAUUUUGCUACAGGAUGCGUCAUGACGGGUCGUGGACAUCCAUGGAAGAGUCAGGACCGCUGAGAGCCAGAGGGCUUCAUGCUCCAGCAGAGAGACCAGAAGACGUCCCACAAUAGAGACCAUCAUGAGGCUUCACCGAUACAGCCGUGUGUUGGUAGUGGUUGGGGUUUUGCUGGUCCUGGUGAUGAUCUCACUGCCCCUGCUGGGAACAGGACCAAGCAAACCUGUGAAGCUGUUCGUCAACCCUGCACAUAGAAAGCUGGUGCACGAACAUGUGCAAAGAGUCCUGAGGAGUGAAUGUCGCCUUGAGGGCACCAGGCAGAGCUUGUUAAGUCAGGUCCCCACUUCCAGUCACAUGAUCCAGCCCUUUCUGUGGAAGGAUGAGCCGCUCACCGAGGACAUGUUCCUGUAUCCACCACCGUUUGGGUUCAGAGAGCUUCAGAGCAAAGUAGUGGAGCUGCUAAAGCUGCUGCCAGCCUCUGACUCUGCACCCAAGCCAGAAAAGACUGCAGGUAAAUGUAAGCGCUGUGUGGUCGUGGGAAAUGGAGGCAUUCUCAAAGGCCUGGAGCUGGGCCCGCUGAUUGACCGCUUCGACACCAUUAUCAGGUUAAACAGAGGUCCUCUGGGAAAGUUCAGCGUUGACGUUGGAAAUCGAACCAGCAUCAGGAUGAGUUACCCAGAGGGCACGCCUCUCAGCUGGAUCGACACGGACCCGCACACUCUGUUUGUAACGGUGGUGUAUAAAAGCGGAGAUGUCGCCUGGACCUCUGCUAUGAUCAACAAGCGCACUGUGCCUCUGUGGGAUUGGUUCUUUUUCUGGCAGAAGGUUCCGGAUCAGAUCCCUCUUAAAGCCAGCAGCUUCCGAGUUCUAGAUCCCCGUGUGAUCAGAGUGACUGCAGUAGACCUCCUGAAGUACCCUCCACCCAGGUCACGCCUGUGGGGCUGGGACCAGAAUGUUCCCACCCUGGGUGUGUCUGCGCUGACUUUAGCCAGCCUGCUGUGCGACGAGGUCAGCCUGGCGGGCUUUGGCUACAACCUCUCCCAGCACAUGGUGCCACUGCACUACUACGAACACCUGCCCAUGAGUGCCAUGCUGCAGCAGAAUAUGCACAAUGUGGACAGAGAGACUGAGCUCCUGCAAAGGCUGGUUAGAGAGGGAACGAUCACUGACCUGACGGGGGGGAUUCACUGCUCCUUCUGCCAUAGCUGAGCCGCCAAAACAUUUCACCGCAAAGCACUUCCUUUCUAACAUGUAGAGUUUUGUUACAUAAAAAGCUCCAGUGAGACACUGGAAAGAAACGACAUAAGAGUUGUAGGAUAUUUUUAACAAAGUGCUUCUUUUUGGCCACAGCGGCUUAUAUAUUAGUGUAGAUAAAUAGACAGGAAAUGGGGAGAAAGAUGCGGGGGAAUAAGCCGGCACUCAACCCUGCGCCGCCAGCACCGCAACACGGCACAUGCAUGUGGUCGCCUGCUCCACCACUGAGCCAGCCGGUCGCCCACGGACUGAACUUUUUAUUUGAAAUGGCUUGAAUGCUGACAUCUGGGGAAUUACUGAGCAUACAGUUUGUAAUAACUGUAAAUUAUGUCAGUAUUGCAGAUUCCCUUAGUAGUUAAUUUGUAACAGCUGGUCAUUUUUAGUUGUGGAACACAACAGGGAGCUUGAAAACACUGUUAUUUGAUAUCACAGUUGUUCUCAUGUAAGCUACAUUAAUGUUGAAGGAUUCCUAAUGAGCACAUUGGGCUAACUGACUGACGUGUUUCUUUACAUGUUCUAGAGACAUGAUAUUCUCUUUCAAACUCAUCCAGUGUCCGGCAAACAGCUCGCGUUUGUACAGCACAUUUAUGUGCGUUUAUAGAAUCGGUGGAACAGAAUGGAGCCAUGUUCAGUUGCACAGAUUUGUCCAAGAUGUUUGUCAUUUUUAUAGUAAUAAUCAUUCCAUUGUAAUAAGGCUUUGUUGGUCUGUGAAAACUGGCGUGAAAAUAAAUCUUAUUUAUGAUUUUUAA